AUGGCCUUGCAAAUACAUCUCCCGAAUCAACAGUUGGUUAGGUUCAAAGACGCUGACAGAAUGGGAGACAUUGUUGAUAGGGAGAAAGGAAAAAAUUCAAUGUUGACGGCAUUUUUCAAGAAGAAUAAAGAAGAUUCCAAUGUGAGAAAAUAUUUGUGUAAGGAUUUUCCCAAACAUUUUACAUGGAAUCGGAGCAACCAUUGUUGGAGGACCAGGGAACAUAAAUCAAUGAUUGGUCGACUUGUUUAUGCUAAUCCAGCUGAAGGAGAGAGAUACUACCUAUGCCUGCUUUUAUGUCAUAUUACUGGGCCUACCUACUUUGAAGAUUUAUACACAGCCAAUGGUGUAUUACACCCUACAUUUCAAAAAGCAGCUCUUGAAAGAGGUUUAAUAGAGACCGAUGAUAAUUUAUCACAAUGUCUUGUAGAGGCUUCCUUAUUUCAAUUUCCCAGUGCACUUAGAAGGUUAUUUGCGAUGAUGCUGAUUUUUUGUGAACCAGGAAAUGUUCGCAAGUUAUGGGACGACCAUUAUGAUUCUCUUUCUGAAGAUUAUAGGAAACAAUAUGGAUGUGUCGAACGAGUGCAAAAUAUGGUCCUCAUCGACAUUAGAGUCUUCCUAGAAUCUAUGAGUAAAAAGCUUAGUGAUUACGACCUUCCAAAUGUCAGUGCACACAUCGAUUUACAAUCAAUAGGCUAUCGUGAGGUGCAAGAAGAAUACUCUAUAAAUGUGGAAAAUGAAGACUUACUUGCGCGGGACUCUCUCAAUCCAGACCAGAAGUUUGUAUAUGAUGAGAUAAUGAGGCAUGUGGAUGAAAAUAUUUCGGGUGUGUUCUUCAUAGAUGGUCCCGGUGGAACUGGAAAGACAUUUUUGUACAAAGCUUUGUUGGCCAUUAUUCGUGCCCGUGGACUUAUUGCACUUGCAACUGCCACGUCAGAUGUUGCGGCUAACAACAUGCCAGGAGGGAGAACAGCUCAUUCACGAUUUAGAAUUCCCCUCAAUCUUGAUAAUAACUCGAUGUGCAAGAUCACUAAAUAA